GAUUUGUUGACACCUUUUUGUGUGUAUAUUAUCACAAACCGUGACAUCAAUGGGACCUUAAGACACGACUAUCACCGCAAACAGAGGUCCGGCAGACAUAUGUUAAUCAAUGGCACGGAUGAUACGAGUCCUGUGGACAGUCCAGACACCACUCUCAUGCCCUCCGCCGCCCCCACGACGCCCACAGGACCGCUCGACCCCUCGCCAGCAAUGGUAGCUAACGGCGCCCACUUGCCCGCCCUCACCAUCACCGCCAACGGAUCCCUCAUCACCGGCAACAACGGGUCGACCGGCACACUCACGCCCACCAGCCCUACCCAAGUAGUGACGCCCACCGGCGAUCCGGUGGCCAACGGGGGCUUAGGCGGGGCGCAGGCGGUGCUCACGUGUCGCAAGCAGUCGCACCCCUUCGUCGAGCGUCGGGUGCUUCUCGAAGCUAACGGUGCGGUCAAAGUGGGCCGAGCGGUGGCCCGAAGUAGGCCCGCAACCGACAACUUCGUGUUUGACUGCAAAGUGUUGUCCAGAAAUCACGCCUCCCUUUGGUUUGACUCCCAAAAGUUCUACCUUCAAGACACCCGUUCCUCAAACGGCACAUUCAUUAAUAACCAGCGGUUGAGUCCCGCCAAUGAGGAGUCGCCGGCACGGGAGGUGUACAGCGGGGAUGUCGUGCAGUUCGGCGUCGACGUGAUGGAGAACCAGCGAAAGGUGACCCACGGGUGCAUUAUAGCCACCAUUAAGCUAUACUAUCCGGACGGCUCGGAGGCCCGGCAGCCCGAACAGUACCAAAACGGACCUCAAUCGGCACCGGGAGCGCCCAAUCAGAGCCAGAUAUACAUCACUUCGCGACAGUUGUAUGAGUUGUCGCAAUAUUUGACGGAAGCCUUACAUCGGGAACAGGUAUUGGAGGGAAAGCUGGAGACACUGGAACGGGUAGUUUCUGCGGCCCAGGAGUCGGCCACAACCGGCUGGAAGUCUCUCGUAGAGGAAGACCGACUGCUCAGCCGUAUAGAGACGUUGCAAAACAAAUUGGAGAUAUGCAUGAACUGUACGCCCACCACAACGAGCUCCCAGUGCUCGCCACCAGCGGCUACCAGUGCCGCGAAUAGCAAUAAUAAUAACAAUAACGACGACGACAGCAAAGAGAGCGCCGAUAGCCGUGAGCUCCUGUACGCGAGAGACCAGUGCCUGAAACUCGUGGACGAGAGGGACAGGUAUGAGUCGGCAGCCAAGGAGGCCAUCCAGAGGUCGUUGGAGGACAAAUUGGUGGCGUCGCGACGGGCGGCUGAACUUGAGGUGUCGGCGCGCAGUGCGGAGGACGAGUGCCGUCGAUUACAAGAGGCGUCAGCUGUUGGCGCUCAGGAGGCCUACCGAUUGGCCGAACGUAACGACGAGUUGUGCAAAGAGAUGGAGGCGUCGGCGGCGCGACUCCGGACGGCUGACGAACAGAGGGCUGCGCUCAUCGAGUCGACUGAUAAGGACAGGGAGGAGAGGGAGACCGAUGUGAACAGACUGAAGGCCCGGGAGUCGGAACUGGAGACCCAGGUGAAGGAGUUGAGGGCCGUAUGCGACGAAACGAGCGUACAGUUGGAGAGUCUGAGGGUCGAGAUGUCGGCGCCGACCGACGGAAGCCAUAGCGGGGGUCACAAUACUGGCGGCGCUGAUAGUGAGGGGAAUGUCGUGUUGAACGGAGUCCCUGAAAUGCAUACAGAAACAGUGAGCGCCGGUACCCAAACAGACGUAGACUUGAGUAGAGGUGAUAAAGAGACUGUCGGCCCACUCGACGACACGGGAAAGCCGUUGACUAACGGUCCCAUUAUUGUCGUGCCGGAGGGCGACGUAUUGCAUGAUAGGCGGCGCCCGACGGACGACAAGGAGAUUAUGACCGACACGACGACGACCACCACCACUACUACAGACGAUUACGUCGAAGCAAUAGUCGACACAAUGGACAGGGAGUCGCAGACUGAGGGACAGCCACAGCCGUUACCCACAUCGGCACCGCCAACGGCCGCGCCCUCCGACGGAACGGUAUUAUCGGUGACUACUAGUCAACGGCAGCUCAUGAGCGCCGAAAUUGAUUUACUAAAAGAAUUAUUGGCCGAAUCGCGUGCGGCUAAAGCGGAAACGGAUAAGCGAUUGGCCCGGACUGCCACCGAGUUGGCCGACUUCCAGUCCCUCACCCGACAGGUGGCGCUCUUUGUCUGCCUGUUCGCGGUCUUCGUAUACGAGUUGAUCAGUUUUUUCCAGUGAACGGCGCCCCUCCCGGCCUGAGAGGGCGAGUGGGAGGUAGGGGUCGGUUGGGGACCGAACCGCAUCAUUGUUGGGAAGGGUUGGGUGAGUGCGUACGCCAUCAGGACUGCGGGUUUGUGUGUAGGGCCGAGGGAUUUGUGCCAUAUUCUUGUGUACGUACUCAUUGAACGGCUUCUCUCCGAUUAAUACUUACAAAACGCGAGUUCCGUCUCUCUCUCUCCGACUCUCUCUAUCUCUCUCUCCCCGACUCUCUCACGGGUUUUGUGUUUAAUAUAUCGAUAGGUAUUUAGGUUUUAAUACAUUGUAAUAAUAAUACAGUGUUUUAUAUGAUGUAUAAAUUGAUAGACUAUUUAAAUGUAUUCGGAAAAUGUAUUUUAAAAAACAAAACAUAAAAGCAAAC